AUCCACUCCCACAGCCGUAAGCAACUUGUCCUAGUCUAUUAACAAAUAUCAGUGAAGCCUUGCCAGUGAAAAUGCUUAGUGAGGCGCAGGUGAGAGCUAAGUUACGUGUUGAUGAAAGCCGCCUCCACUUCACUCAGGUUGAUGGUUCGUGCAGUAAUGUGAUAUAUACUGCAAGUUUUAUUGCUCUCGGCUUGCGAGCUUUUUAUGUCACCUACCUAGUGUAAAGUACAGUAACCCUCGCAUUUUAUCAGUGUGUAUUAUCAUCAGUUAGUAACAAUAACUUCGUGGGAGGUGUAAUUACACAAUAAUGAAGCAGUUUGCACCUUAUAAUAUUUAUCUGCCGUCUCGAUAAAGAGACGAUUAGUGCAGCCUGGCUUGUUUAUUUUCUAGCCAAUCAAGAGGAGUUUAUAUCUCAGAGGGACCAAUCAGAGCUCGAGAUGGGUGCUAAGCUCCUCCCCCGAGGCUGCACCACUCCCCUGCUGUGUUCCCCAAGGAUGGGUGCAAGACCCACCUUAGUUUCAGUUCACGAGGAGACAUAGAGUGUGGAGGGUGUAGUUAAUGCUCCUCAGGUUAACCCGACUAGUGUUCGUGAUGUGCUAGGAAUCAUGAGAGGUGAUGAGCAUGUUACCAAGAAACUUAAAGUAUUUGUACCAUGCUCUUCAAAGGCAACAGUUCCAAGCUGGAGUUGUUAAUAGAGAAAAUACAAGCUAAUAAGGAAAACGGCCAAGAGAGUGAAACCGGCAGUGUGGCGAGUGAAGAAGUAAGCGUGGGUGGGUCAUCAUGGGAUGUGGGUUCUGACGGGCGGGGAUCCCUCUCCCCAGCAUCAUCUGCCACGCCCACUUCUGCCUCGGAGACUGAUGUGGAAGCAGCAGCCACAGUGGGCGUGACUCAGACCACGCCCUACCAGUGUUCUUUCUGUGAUCGAGCCUUUCCCCGUCUCUCCUACCUCAAACGCCACGAACAGUUGCAUGGCUUAAAACCUGAGACCUGGUCACCCGUUGCUGCAUGUUCUGCUUUGCAUGCUGACUCUGCUGCCACUGCCUUUUCUUCACCUUUCUUGCUUUCUCACACUUGGAAAUUUGAUAUAAGUAUGGAAGAAAACUUUAGCAAAGAUUCUUUUAACUGUGAACCAGUAUUUGAAAAGGAUGAAUUGGCCUGUGAAAAGUACAGUAUAAAUGAUGUUAAAAUUAAUUCACAUGAUAGUGUGACACGGCAUAAUAAGCUCAACUGCAAUGCCUACCAAGAAAACUCUAGUAAGAAAAGAACAUUAAAUCCAAAUAAUACACUUGACUUUCAUGGAGUGAAGAGCUUGAAGCAGUCGUAUUGUGGAAAGCCUUCAAGAAAAGAAAGCCUCAAACAGAUGGGUAAUCCCAUAUCUAAGAAAUGGCUAGCUUUAAGUGACAGUGCUGUGCUAGGAAAAAACUGUGGCAGUUUGAACAGUAUACAAUGUUUUUCAUUAGAAAAAAGCAGUUUAGAAUCACACAUGCAUGGUAAUGUUACAGUGUUUGGCACUAAUAUCUCCCCAGAUUCUGAACAGUAUCAAAGUGAAGGGAGAAGUACACCAAAUCAAAGCUGUAAUGAAAAUAGCACUUCUGACUCCUUGGAAAGAGACCUGAAACAAAGUAGAUGGCAACUAUCAAGGAAAGAGCUUGAUGCUCCUGCCUCUCGACAUAGGGUUCAUAAUGACAGAUUGGUUGGUUCAGUGAAUUUACCACAAAAGUUACCAAGAGAUGUGGAAUUGUGUACUACAGAGAUUAGUAAUGAUAGUAAAACAUCAAAUAUGUACUUAAAUGAUAAAGGUAAUGUAAAUGAAGUAAUUAAAGAUUAUGAAUUAUUAACAAAAGAAAAUUAUACUAAUAAAUCUUACACAAAUGUUUGGUUGCAUGAUGAAGUGUUUAAUUACAUUGAAAAGGAAUUAAAAAAUAUGGAAGGCAAUCAUAACACAGUUAAGAGGAAUCGAAUAUGUAAAGUAAUUAAAGAUUAUGAAUCUUCAACAAAAGAAAAUUAUACUAAUAAAUCUUACACAAAUGUGUGGUUGCAUGAUGAAGUGUUUAAUUACAUUGAAAAGGAAUUAAAAAAUAUGGAAGGUAAUCAUAAUGCAGUUAAGAGGAAUCAAAUCUCUGAGGAAGUGUUUCACUUUAUUGAAAUGGAAUCAAAACAGUUAGAAUCUGAAGCAAGCCAUAGCAGUAACUUUACACAUGAAAAAUUAUCUGGUUGUGAAGAGAUGUUGAGAACACCUGAAGCUAAGACUUCAUCUUCUCUUGUAUUUAGAGAAAAAGAACAGGUGUACUUAGACUGUGGUAAUAAAAAUGAUUCUCGUUUCAAUUGCUGUAUAUAUAGCUCAGGUGAUGAGGAAUGCUCCAUGUCCUUUAAAGAACGUGUGACUGAACAGACCAGUAUUGAAAAUGGAGAGAAAAUGGUAAUAGUAAUGAAAAGAUGUUAUGCCAGAGGCAUUGAUCAACCACCUACUAAUUUAAAGCACUGUAAAGCCAAUCUUAGGAAAACCUCUACAAAUAUUAAUAAAUACAUGUACAUUACUUCAUCUCCUAAGUUAGAAAUGUUAACUGUUAAUAAGUGUGUUAAUUGUGAAAGCCAGACUUUACAAGCAUUGAGAACUUGCUCUUCUAAUGCAUCAACAGCCGAAGAUAAUGACUUGAUGGAGCUGGAUAAUAGCAUAUUUAAUGAUCUUUAUUCUAGGAAAAUUUUCAGAACGACAAAACAACAACACAGAUUAAACCAGAAUAAAAGCAAAAGGAAAAAUAGAACGUGUAAAGGAAGAAAAUCUAAGAACAAUAAAAAAUACAUUGCUUACAAAAUGAGCAAUGGAAAGAUAAGCAAGACUAAUAUAUUUCAGAAAACUAAGAAGCAGAGGCCUUUCAGUUUGGGUUCCUAUAAUGCUUACUACCCCAUUUCACAAAGUGAAUGGAGUAUGAAGCCUUUUUUAAAAGUAGACAAUGUAUUACAUGAUGUGAUGAGCAACAGUCAGAGUGACAAGUCAGAAAUAUUUUCAAAGGAAACUGGUAAAGCAGUUUUUACAAGCACUUGGAGAUGUAAAUCACCAUCUUCAGUCUUGGGCAGUUAUUUGUUUCCCGAGACCUCAAGAUACAAUCAAUCAUCUCGGUUUAUUCAGUUGUGCAACAGUGGAAGCAGACAGUUUCAAGUUGGUACUUGGGACAAAAAAAUUCCUAAAAAGUCAAGUGGCAAUGAAAUUGAUAGCAUGGAAAUUUCGCAGAUUGAGAUAAAAAACAGUCAUUGCUUGUUAAGUAUAAAUCCUUUCAUGUAUUCCAUUUCGAAUCUUCAAAAAAAUUUGUGGACAUACCCUUUAUCUGCCUCUAAAAAUAAUUUACCCAAGUCUGCUAAUUGUGAUCAGAAUUGUCAGCCAGAACACCCCAGAGUAACACUAGCAAUACCAUGGCAGCAUUUGUAUUUUAGUAUGCUACCUUCCUCCGAUAUUAACACUAUAUAUAGUGUGCACUCUGUCUUGCAUGGUGAUAGCUCUCCUUGGUUACCAUCUGUAUCAAAGCCAAAAUUUAGUCUGGUAUUCCCAAGCUCUAGUAAGUAUUCAUGUACUUCACACUCCAGUUUUGGUAAUAGAAUAAAAUGUUUGACAUCUUCUAGGUCCACAAAUUUGCCAGACUGCAGUGUUUGUGCCAAAGGACUGACUUCACAGCAGAAUCCAGAAGACUUUCCCAAAAGAAAUGUAAUUAAUGAUCAUGUUAAAUAUGAAAAUAACUGUAUUACAGUUAAAACCCUGGGCACCGAAAGUAAUACUGGGCACAACGUUAGCUCAAAAAAAACCACAGCAGAUGAAUUAAACAGUGAAAGAAAUGUGCGAGAAAUAAAAUUCCAAACUACUAGAGCUCAAAGGAUGACACAGUCUGAAGAGAUUUGUGAUACAGUUGCCAAGCCCAUUAGUAUCCCCAUCAGCACAAGAACUAGAGGAAAUACAAAAAGAACUGAAAACCUAGAGGGGCUUUUGUGUAAGCUUGAUGACAUUCCUAAUGAACAAAUGACAAAUAUUCAAAGGCUAGUUCAGGUAAGGACUCAUCCAUUUGCAGAGGAAUGUAAACCUAAUGUAUUUGUCAUUAAAGUUUGUGGGCAAGAGUAUCCUUUUACAAAUGAGGCUUUGAAACCUAGUACAAACAUCUGUACUAACAUGAUCGAUGAUGUGUCUUUUCCAGCUUCAUCUGUCCUGAAAUUUGAGCAUAGUAAAUUAUCUUCUAGUCAGAGUGGUUGUAAAUGUGAAAUGUCUUCAUUUUCACUGGACCACAAAUUGAACAGUAUUACCCAAGAGGUUACCUGCAUGAAUAAAAGUGAAUUUAGUUGUCUAAAGCAACAUAAGGCAGUUAAUGACAACAUUCCUGCAAACACAGUCAAAAAUCAAAAUCAUGAUUCAGUAUCUAAUGAAAAAGAGCAAAAUCUGGCAGAAGACAAGGUUAACACAUUAGUUUUGGCCAGCAAGCAUUAUAAUCUUAUUCCAUUAGUUAGGACUGAGGUUCAAGGUGGCAAUAAUAAAGAAAGUACAUUAGGUACAGAUACUGUUAAGACUUUGUCAUCAAUUGUUAUGAAAGAAGCCUCAAAGUGGAAGGUCCAGAUGUACCAUCCAUACAUUCUUCCCAAGAAAAGACAGUUAGGAAUGUUUAGAAUAGCAAAGAUACAGGAAUUGGAUAAUAAAGAUGAAAUGCUAAUAAACCUUUCUCCAUACUUUGAUAUUUCAGAAAGUGCAGUGUCUAAUAAAAAUGAAGAUGAUUACCUUUCAGAAAGAUUAAGUUUUAAUAAAUAUGAAAAUUGUUACAAUAAGAAACUCAAUGUUGCAUAUUCUGAUAUAAAAUGUUUUCGUGGAAAUGAAAUAAUGAAAGGUGUGUAUCCCUUUGCACAAUCACUAAAGCAUUGUCAGUUGGGCACCAUCGAACUUUCAGAAUUAGAAAGUCAGAGAGAAAAUGAAAUUGGCAUGAGGAUUGAUAGACAAACAAAGGAUGCAGACCAAGACACUGUAAAGAUGUUAUUCCAAGACAUAAUAGAAGUUGAGAAGUCUACAGUGAAGCUUGCUGCUCCUAAAGAGGAAACUUCAGUAAAAGACCCAUUAAUUAAUCAAUGUAAUAUGAAUAAAUUACUUGUAAGCCCAAAUUUUAUACCUGUGCAAUCAAAAAAAGAAUCUAGUCUAUCUGGUUUGCAAGAGUUUGGUAAAAAGUCAGUAGAGCCCCAGGGAUUUCUAAGAAAAUCAAGUCUAGUUAGAGAGUCAUCCUGGUUGGAAAAAGUUUCAAAGAAUGAGAGUUGCAGCUUCAAGAACACUGAUAAUCUUACCUUAACUAAAAUAGAAACCAUCCCUGGUUCACUUUGCAAUCAGCAGAAACAACACACACUUAUGCCAACUGAAUCCAUUUGGUCAGGUACUAGUCAGUCAGAAUCAAGAUCAAUUGAUAACUUGUCACCAUCCUCAGUUGUUAAGCAAGGUGCUCACUUUAAGAUCAUUCAUAAAAUUGCUCCUUGUAUCCUACGCCCAAACCACUGCAAGGGCCAGUCUCCAAGAGAUUGUGUCCAGCGUAGGGCCAGUAAAAGAAAACCAAAAAGUUUUUUUGUCAGGCACAUUUCUCAAAGGAAACAGAAAUUGAAUGAUACGUGCUCAAGUUUUUCCCAGUUAAUGCUGAAUGACAGUGUCCAAUACAUUGAUUUAGUUUCUUUACCUUAUAAAAAAGAGCUGUUGCCAUUGUCAAAUCCUGAUGAUCCUCCAAUAAAAAUCAUUAAUGUAAAAAAUCAAGGCAUCAGUGAUGUUUCUUUGUCAGAUGAUGAGGAACCUGCAGUGUUGCCGAAUUUCUUUGAUAUUUCUCGUAAUUAUGUACCUAAUAAUAAUAUUACCAUAAAUAAUAUGAAAGAUAUUCAGUAUGGUACAAACACAGCAGAUACAGAUGAAUCUUUUAUUGUUUCUGAAUCUUCUGUAUCAGUCACUGGCAAUCCUCCUCCUCCUCCUCCUCCUGCCUUGCCAGAAUCUUGUACAUUCAUAACUGCAAUGACAAAUAGUUUAAAAAUUAGAGAUAACUUUGAUGGAUGCAAACAUACAAAUGUGAUGCAAGGGAAAGUAAAUCAUAUACAAAGUACUAAUGUAUUUAGUAUAAAGGAUGAAGGUAUUGUAGGCAGAGAACAAAAUUUGCAAAAUGAAGACCUAUUCUCAGAAUUUGAGAGGCAAUCAGAACCUGCAUUUCAAGAAACUGAUCAAAUGCCUUUUGACCAUUUUUCCAGUGGUCUUCAAAAUAAUUUGAGUGUAGUAAUUGCCAAGGAAAUUGCCAAAGGUGAUGGUGGCCAAAAUUUGAAUUGGUUAUCGUCUAGUGAAUUGACACCGAAUACUACAAAUAAUUCUUUAAUUUAUAAAACCUUUACUUCACAAGAACAUGUAUACCCAAGAAAAGAUAUUAAGAAAAAAAAAAUUUCACGUUCCAGUGAUAUUGAAGAAAAUGAUAUGACUUCAUUAUCACAAAAGAAUUGUGCAUUAGAGUAUUCUGAAAAUAAUUAUUGUAACACUUCUUCGAUGAAUAACUUUUAUAAUAAGAAAAGGAAAUUCCAAACAGAAGAGAGUCUAAAGACAGAUAAAAUAAAGUUUGAGGAUAGAGAACUGUUAAAUAAGCUCCAGCCAGAAAAUAUUGUAAAUCCUCUAGAUUGUAAGUCAUCUCCUAUAUUAACUGUAUCUUCAGAAGCACAAUUUGGAAGUCUCACUUUUACAAAAAAUACUGAGGAGCAAGAUAUUUUAGAUAUAGCUCUCAGAACCGAUCUUUAUGAUGUGAUUACACUUGGCAGUGGAACCAUGUAUACAUGGCCACAAAUUGAAGAGUCUGCUGAGCAUGUGCCAUCUGCUCAACACACGAGCUCUCCAGACAAGAGAGAGGCAAUGGCAAAUACAGAUGUUUUCGGAAAUUUAAACUUUGAAGAAAAGGAAAAGCUAUACUUCCAAGAACCGACUAAUGGGGUUUCAACACACGAGAGUAUAACUUCACAUGAAAGCAAUGCAGGAGUUGCUGUCUUGGAUAUGUUAGAUGAAUGUUCCAAAAGUGUAGGAAGUACAUACAUUCUCAGUGACAGCAAUUCCAGUGAGUUUUUAAAUACCUGCAGUACUCACAGUGGCAGUGCAACUGAAGAUGAGACAGAGGGACUAAAAGAUGAGAGAGAGAAUUCCUCUACAAGCUCAUUAGAUUCACUGACUCAUGCUGACCAACUUCCAUUUCGUUGUGAAUUUUGUGGACGUCUGUUCAAGCACAAGCGCUCCAGAGACAGACAUGUUAAACUUCACACAGGUGACAAGAAGUACAAGUGCUGUCAUUGUGAGGCUGCUUUUUCCCGGAGUGACCAUCUCAAGAUUCACAAGAAGACGCAUGAUACUCAAAAACCAUACCAGUGUUCUGUCUGCAAUCGUGGGUACAACACUGCAGCAGCUCUGACAGCUCACAUGCAAAACCACAAAGCCAAACUCACAGCACAUGCUCUUAAUCAAUUAUUGAAAGAUGCUCAAGGACCAGGAGAAACCCACACUCUAACCCAGCUGUUGAGAGAUACCUCUGGAGAUGUGCACUCUCAGGCACUGAAUCACCUCUUGAAGGAUACUCAGAAAGAGCAGUUAUUAAGCCCACGGGGAAUAGAGCUAGGAGCAGGGUCUUCUCCUGGUGACUUGACAGCCUCUCCAGUUGGGGAGCCUUCACCAACAAUAUCCCCACUGGCCACUGUUCGAUGUCCCAUCUGUCAUGCACACUGUAGAAAUCAAGCUCAUCUACAGCGCCAUCUGUCUCGUUACCACGGUGAUGAAAUACAUGCAGUGUCAGCUGAGCGUCCUGCAUCGUGUGGUGGAGGAUCUGGAGCAUCAUCAAUAGGUGGUGCAUCCUCUGCAGCUUCCACACCUUCACCUCGACCACCAUCUUCUCUACCCUCUCCCAGGCCUCUUCCCAACCCUCUGUUAUCACUUGUUAGUGGAAAGUUAUCCUGCCUUUAUUGCUCUAGAGAUGGAUUUCCUUCUCUAGAGGCUUUACAACUUCAUCUACAGUCUGCUCAUGGGUCUGUAUUGAAUGGUGAAGUUAGAGACAUGGCAGCAAUGCUGGGUCUGCCAUCCUCUUUAGGCACAUCUCUUGGUGCUAGUGGUUUGGCUUCAUCCAUAGCCUCUCCCCUUGGCCCCGGAUCAUCACGGGGAGUUAGCUGUGAACUGUGUGGGGCUCGUGUUGGAGGAGUCACAGCUCUACAGAGACAUGUUGUUACAGCCCACACUUUCACGGAUCUGUUGGCACGUGCUGCUGAAGGGGUCUUCUGUGCACAGUGCCUCUUGCCCUUUAGUAAUCCAGGUGCCUUAGCUGAACACAUCAAACUUGUUCAUGCUGCACCAGUUCUCUCAGCAGUGCUCAAUAAACGCCCACCUUCUCCCCCAACUGAUACUCCAACUGACUUGAGCAAAAAGUCCCGGCACGAAACUCUGACAUCAGAUCUUCCUGCCUCCACAUUACUAUGCAGCCAGUGCAAUGCUCCAUUUACAAAUUUUGAAGCCUUCCGAAGGCAUCUCAAGUCUCACUUAGAUGGAGGAGAGCAGCUUGCUUCAACAGCUGGUGCAGUGCAGCUUGCAUGUCCAGAGUGCCGUCUACCAUUGACAUCAGAAGCAGCAUUAGAAGCUCACUUAUCAACUCAUUUAGGUGUUACAUGUACAGAGUAUGGAUGUCAAGCAUGUCUGAAACUUUUUUCAAAGCCUGAUGAAUUACAAAAGCACUUAAUGGAUAUUCAUGCACAUCAUCUUUAUCGUUGUGCUCUGUGCAAGGAGAUGUUUGAUUCUAAAGUGUCAAUCCAGGUACAUUUUGCUGUAAAACAUAGUAAUGAAUGUAAAGUAAGUAAAUGCACGAGGUGUUCCCUCAUAUUCCGUUCUCACUCGGAGUUUGAAGGACAUAUACGUUCCAGUCAUGUGCGUCGUGGGCAUUCUGGCAGCGAUCAAAUAUCAGGUAGUGGUUCUGGUGGUGGCUCUGGAGGAUCAUAUCGUUGUCUGUUGUGCACUUUAACUCUAAGUUCUGAGGCAGAGUUGUCUGCUCAUGUAGCCACACACCAACGGCAGUUUCAGUGUUCACUCUGUGAUGAUGCCUUUUAUGUCGAAUUCCUUUUGGAUAAACAUAUGCAAACGCAACACAAUUCUGAGCUCAAUGGCAAUGUUCCACAGCCAGAAAAUCUGGCAAAGCCCCGUCGUAGUCCCCAGAAAAAGGAACUUAGAUGUGAUAUUUGUGAUGCAGAGUUCUCCACAGACUCGGGACUACAAACUCACAGGAAACAAGCUCACAAUAUAAAGAGUGGGUCUGGUGGCAUUGCUGCUAAGGUAGCUGCUGCAUCUUUGAGUCUGUUCUGUGCAUACUGUAGUGAGGCAUGCAAAUCUCGAGGUGACCUGGAAGCGCACAUGAAAUCGCAUCAGGGUAAUGGGGGUCGUCAUAAGUGUAAUAUCUGUGAUGAAUUGUGUCCAUCAGCAGCUCUUCUCGCUCAACAUAAACUUACUCAUGUUAAAGUUGUAUCUGGAAGUGCAUGUGCAGUGUGUCGUGAACCUUUAACAUCAGAGCAGCAAUUUACAAAUCAUCAAAAUGAACAUCACCCAGCACCACUGCCUCAACCCUGUGUGGUGUGCAGACAAACACUUGUUACUGACAUGGAAGUUAAUGUCCAUGCACGUUUCCAUGCUGCUCAAGCUGCCCAAGCAGCUGCUGCAGCAUCUGUUGCAUCAAGUAUCUUUAGUAGUGGUGAAUUACUCCAUCAAUCUUCAAAUUCCUCACUUGUUACUACUGCUGCCACUGUCUCUACUAUAACCACAAAUAGCAGCAGUAGUCACAGCAGCAGUAGUCCUAGACAUUCCCCAUCAUUACGGUGUUCAGAGUGUCAUUUAAAAUUAGAAACUAUUGAAGAGGCUGAAGUUCAUGCUGCUUCCCACCAUCACCAGAAUCACCAACCACCACAGCACCAAGGUUUUGGUCGUUCUGUAACGUCUCGUACUUACCAGUGCAUCAAGUGUCAAGAAAGUUUUGCAUCAGAAGCAGAAAUAGAAGCACACGUAGCAUCUCAUCUCCUUCAUGAAGGAUCAGUACAUGAGUGCCAUUUGUGCCGUGCUACAUUUGAUACACCUCUGCGUCUUCAGUGUCAUCUUAUCGAGCAUACAUUUGAGGGUUGUGGAAGUUUCACCUGCUACAUGUGUUCAUCAGUGUUUACAACUGCAUCACGAUUACAGCAGCACAUGGUAGAACAUGGCUUAAGUGCUCGGCCUUAUGAUUGUCACCACUGCCAUCAACGCUUCUUCUUCCGUGCUGAGCUUGAAAACCAUGCACUCUCUCACCCUGAAGCUGCUGAUGGGUGCCGUGAGUGUCAUGCAAGCUUUCCUGAUCUUCCUCGUCGUAAUUUAAGACUGUCGUCCCUCUCCUGCAUAACCUCUGCUCAGCAUGUAGGACCUCCUAUGAUUCAAACUCAAGGGAACUCUGAAAUGGGACUAACACGGCCAGCUUCACCUUGCACAGUUUGUACUGGAGAUGAGAGAGAUGCAGGGUCAGCAAAUGGUCAUGGCACUUCUGCAACAGACAUUAAGGAUGAAUAGGCCUUGGUAACCAAACAUUUACCAUUUGUAAUCCAGUGCAAAUUAUUUUUUAUGUUAAUGAUCUGAUCAGUAAAUUUUUGUGGUUCAUAAAACAUCUUCGGUAGACUGCUACAGAUUGCUUCUCAACAGCUAGGUUAUGAGUAGUCUGUUUCACUUGUGUAAGCUGGACCAUGCAGUGUAGGUUAUCACAUGUAUAAUGGUAUGUAUGAAGUGUUAAUGCUGACAGGUCUGAAUGUGAUUUAUGUUUGUAUGCUUUCAUGUGUAGUAAAAGCACGGGAGAGAUGGGACCAUUGUUAACCACUUCUUGCUGUUGCUUAUUAUGUGAUAAUACUACACAGUGAAAUAAAUCACAAGGACAUGGAAGUACAAAAUUAGUUUUUCUCCAAAUAUUUGAUUGUCCCUUCAGAUCUGCUAGCAUUAUCAGCAUGUCUGUAAAAGCAAUCUUAGAAAGCAAAUAGCCCAAAAAAGUCAAACCUGUGAUGUAUGUAAUUUACCAGUUAUAGGUCACAGGUAGUCUGCUGUUUUUUUUAUACCCGUGAAAGAAAUCUGGUCACAUUGUUGCCUAUUUGUUAAACGUCAUGGAUAUGUUUGUUCUACAGGGUAUCUAACAUCUCACUGUAAAUAGUAAAUUAUAAUUGUUUUUCAUCUCGCUCCUGUAGUGUCCAUAGGAACAAACUUUUCAUUAAAGGUGGCAGUUAAUGUCUCAAAAACUUGUGUGGUUCUUCAGUAAGGUUAACCUGUUUUGUAAGAGAUGUAGACCUUAUGGAAUAUCUGAAUUAGCCCCAUUAUUGUCACAGUUGAGGACCAGCAUUUGGUGCCAGAAAUCUCUGCUUCAUUUAAUUUUUACUCUUGGUGUUUUAGAGAAAUGAGUUAUUUGGACCAAAAAGAAUAUUUAUUUAAGCAUAUGCAAGGCAUUUGUAUUUUUUCUGAAGUAAUUUGUGAAGAAUUUGAGUGUGCAUUUAUUUGUUAAAUAAUGUGGUUAAAGUGGAAUCCUGUUGUAAAUUAAGUGGAAUAAAAUUUCACUAUAA